GGACUUGGUAGGCUGUUGAGAUAUAUCUUUGGGAUUCUCUUCCCUUCCUCUUUGAUAUUUUCAUCCAGCCGUCUAUUUUCGUUCUAUCCUCCUCUUCCAUUGAUACCUUCUUCUUUCAUUCACAAUGCGCCUUUCCCUCCUCGCGGCCUCCACAGCCGCCCUCUCCACCCCCAUCUUAGCCUUCGACAUUGACACCACCUCUCCGCCCUCAAUAAAAUCCUCCGCAUCUACAAUCGCUUCCUCCAUCGUCUCCAUGUACCCUAACAAAGCCCUCGCCCUCCUCUCACCACCAUCUUGGUGGUGGCAAUCAGGACUCACACUCGACGGCCUUACAACCUACUAUCACACAACCGGGGACGCUCAGUAUAACGACUUAAUCGCACGAACCCUGCAAUCCCAAGCUACUGGUAGCAACGACUUCAUGACUCCCGAUGCCACGGGCAACGACGACCAAGCCUGGUGGGCCUUGGCCGCCAUGAGCGCCGCUGAAUACGGUAUCCCGUCCCCCGCAGGGUCCCCCUCGUUUCUAGCGAUUGCACAAAACGUCUUCAAUGAGCAAAAAAGUCGUUGGGACAACGCUCGCUGCAACGGCGGUAUGAAAUGGAAAAUCAACCCUUCCGACGAUGGCUACCACUACAAAUCUACCAUUUCCAAUGGCCUAUUCUUCCAGCUCGCAGCCCGAAUCGCGCGUUUCACUGGAGACGCGGAUGCAGCGUCCUGGGCCUCAAAGAGCUACGACUGGGUUGUUUCCGUGGGUUUAAUAGACGGUUCCUAUAAUGUUUUCGACGGCACGGAUGAUGCGAAGGGGACUGGAUGCGUCGAUGUCAACCACGAUCUCUGGAGUUAUAACACCGGGGUGUUUUUGUACGGGGCGGCUGUAAUGGCUGAUAAGACUGGGGAUGCGAAAUGGAGUGAUCGCGCAAAGGGCUUUCUUGGGGCAGCAGAGAAGAGUUUUGUGAGGAAUGGGGGAUUGUUUGAACAGAAAUGUGAGGGGGAUGGGAGUUGUAAUACUGAUCAGAAAAGUUUUAAGGCGGCGUUGGCGAGAUGGAUGGGUGCGAGUGCGACGUUGCUGCCAGAACUUGCGGGCGAUGUCCAGAAGAUUAUAGGUCAGGCGGCGAGAGCGGUUUCGGGGGGUUGGACGCAGAGUUGGGGUCCAGGUGAACAGUUGGCGGCGUUGGAUAUGGUGGAUGCGGUUAUGUGUGGUGUUGGACAGGGCGCACCGGGUAAGCCUAGGGUAGGGAAGAGGAAGAUCGGGAGGGCUUUUAUUGCCUAGAGUUAGGGAGGUUCUUAGACACAUAGCGUGGCGUUGGAAUAUAGACCCGUGGGUCUUGGGUUUCUGG